AUGAGUGACAAUUUACGCCCGAAUACCACCGAAACAUCUCUUUCCUGGCAAGCUCGCGUGUUGGUACCUGGCGGAGAUGAGCGAACAUGCGUUGCCCUUGUUGAGGCAGAGACGAAGAAAAUAGCAAGCCUGGGAGGCAAGCUCAUACACGGCUUGUCCCCUGUAAUAAGAGGCUCCAACCUCACCUACGCCACCCGUUACGCCUCACGCAAUAUAUGA